UGAAGCGAUUUGUAGCGGUUUGUAUGAUUGUUUCAAAACGCUGUCAACCGCUACCAAUCGCAAAAGCUGCGUUUGCGGGUGGUAGCGGGAAAACCAAUCAAGCUCUAAAUAUUUAACCUCAAGAAAUAAUUAUCGAGGGAGAAAAUAUAAAACAAUUUCACAUAUUGGGUAUUAAUCAUCCAAAAUAGUAUUAAAGGUUUAGUGAGUAAUUAAUUAUAAUGGCCAAGUUGGGUUAUAUAAACAAAUUCAUUUGGGAAGUUGCCUCUUGAUCAAAUGAAGAUCUACUGUUUUAAAACAUCAUCAUAUGUACGAAAGCAUUUUUUAGAAAAAAAUAUUACUUAUAUUCCCCUUCUGAACAUCAUGUACAGAACUGUUUACCUUCUUAGAGCAACAUUAUUGUUAUCUCAAAACAAGUAUUUCAGCAAAAUAGUAUAUAAUAAAAAUUUAAAUUUCUGAAAGAAUUUAAACCAUCAAUAAAUAGAUAAUAAAUGGACAUGUGGUUUUAGUACUUCUAGCUGGUUUCUCAUGAGUUCUCAUAUGAAAACCUCAUGACUACUCUCUUUCCGAUUUUUUUUUUAAUUUUUGUAUUUAUUUUAAAUGUGAGAUACAAUAGCCUUCUACAUACUCUCAUAAGAUAUACUCUUACGAACGAAGUUCUACCGUCUGCAACUUUAUCCAUGUGAACAGUAUAAUCUACAUAAGACAUGAACACAGUCAAAGUUAAACAUCGCUUAUGGCCCUUUAAAUUUUACAAAUAAUUUACAUAACCCCCAAAAUUUGUUUUAAGAAAACUAUCAAAACAUUUUUAAAAUUAUCUAUUGCUUUAAAAUUUUUAGAGCCGGCCAUACACAUAUGUCAUGAGCUUUGGCUUAGAACCGACCUUUAGAAUUAUCAGAAGUUUUAAAUAAGCAUGCCAAAAGGGUACUUCCGAGGUUUGAAUCCUUGGCAUGGCACCCUUGAAACAUUAAUCAUCUAAAUCUCAAACAAAAAUAUUUUUCACGUUAAGUAACUCAUUUUUCUUUUGAAAACGUAACUCAUUUUGUCAAUAACACUAUUUGGGUAAGCCGUUAUAAAUAUCACGUAAUUAUCUUACGGUAAACAAGAAUUAAGCAAUUUACUGGCUUUUAUAAAGCAUAUUUAAGUAGAAGGGAUAAUUAACUCAUGACCACUUCAAAUUUUACUCCCGUUAAUGGUUGGCCACUUUUUCUUAUUGACAAACGAGAUGUCUCUCGUAGGUGGUACGAUUUUGUUUCCUAGCUUUGAUUUACAGGAUGACGAGUUAUCUACCAAUCGAACAGUAUCAUUGGACUACACCACCUUGAUUUAUUUCUCUUUUGAAAUAUCUUUUUUUUUCCUUUUUUCCUUGCUAAAACUGAAAAGAUUCUGAAAGAUUUUUUUUGUUGGUUAUAUAAACAUUGUUUUUUGUUAAAGGGUUUUUAUAUAACAUUGUCAUUCUUAAUAACUGCCAAAUUUCUUUGUAAAAUUCAUAUAUAUAAUCAUGAUGAAUGCAUUCGCUCCUUGUCAUUAACCUUUAGAUCUGAUCGAGAUCUGUUCUUUCGUUAAGCUUCAAGUUGGCGUUCCCUGUCGUCUUCUCUACGACUUCGCCGUCUCCGGUUUGUAGACAAGAAAAUAAAUUGUUCCUUUGAUCUCCCGGAUCUUGCUGCUUUGGUUUAUAAAUUGUUUGGGCCAUUCACUAUAGGAGGUUUCUAGACUCGAUGGUUUGAUUAAGUUUGUCUCCAUCGUUCUGUCUCUCCAAGGUUCUCAAGUCUACAUGCAAUCGGUUCUAUCUGCCUUCUGGAUCUGUUUUUUAUUGUUUUUGAUGUUUCUAGAUGUUAGCUUGUGCUGUAGUUAUCUCUCGGUCUGGUUUGAUGUUUAAUAUUGUGUCCCUCAUGUGGGUUUCUGUUUCCGGGGAUGUAAGUCUAAUCCGCCGGACUUGUAUACCGGGAUUGCAUGUAAUCGCCGGUCUGUAACUUGGUGUUGAUGUUAAUAUAAUCAUCUUUAGUGUUAAAAAAAAAAAAAUCAUGAUGAAUGUAGUCUCACAACAAACUUUCUGUCUCUUUCACAACGACUGCACAUUUUAUUUGAUUUUUAUAAUUGAAAGUCGUGUUAAUGUAUGAGUUUAGAAGUGGUCGUUCACACGGCGAUACCAGUCUCCUAAAUAGUGCUGAAAAUUUUAAUCAAAAUUCUCAGGCUCGGCCGCUGACGAGACAGAUGCAUAUUUUUGAAACGUGCCACAUACCAAUUAAUAUAUUUUAUAAGAUAUAUAUAUAAUUAUCAAUUAAUCCAAAAUCUUUAUAAAAAUGAAAAUAUUUUUAUUAUUUAUCAAUUUUUAUAUAAAUACUAUAUUAUAUAUAGAUAGAUAUAUUAUCUAAAAUUUUAUAUAUUUUUAAAUAGGUAUUUCCCCUUAUUUUAUAGUAUUUAAAAUAUUUUAAUAAAAAUAUUUUUGUUAAAAUAUUUUUUUAAAUAAUUAUGAUAUGCAGAUCUCGCGGAUUAUUUACAAAUUCAACAAACGGAUGUAAGUGUACUAAUUUUUUUACAAAUUAUACAUUUUUUUUUUUUGAUAAAAACUACUAAUGCACAGUAGGAUAGAACAAGUGAGCGGAUUUACUCCGCUUCCCAGCACUACUUGUAAAACAUCUUCAUCUCAAGUCCUCUUUGAAUAAGUCAAAAGUCUUCGUUUCCUUAGUUUUUAAUAAUUAAAAAUAAUAUAUAAUUGCGGCAUUCACGUGCUUGUCUUUCUUAUAUUCUUUUUAUAAAGAAAUAGCAUCGAAUGUAUGUAUAUAUGUAUUUUGUUUUAGUUUAACAUGUGUCCAUAUAUAUAUAUGGACAUAACAGGAACAAAAGCCAUAUAACUUUUUUUCUCAUUUUCUCCUUAUAGAUAAAACUUGUGAAGCUUCAAAAGCUGAUCUACAUAUCGGAAGUUAAAAGUUUUGAGUUGUGAAAGUAAUGGCAAUAAAAGAGAGAUCAUUAGAGGAGACACCAACAUGGGCUGUUGCUGUUGUUUGCUUCGUUCUUCUUUUCAUCUCUAUCAUGAUCGAAUAUUUCUUGCACUUUAUUGGUCACUGGUUUAAAAAGAAGCACAAAAAGGCUUUAUAUGAAGCUCUUGAAAAGGUUAAAGCAGAAUUGAUGCUACUGGGAUUCAUAUCGCUUCUACUUGUUGUAUUGCAAACACCAGUCUCCCAAAUUUGCAUCCCAGAAAAAAUUGCUGCGACUUGGCAUCCUUGUAGUAGCCACCAAGAGAGCACUAAGUAUGGUAAAGAUUAUAUCGAUGAUGGUCGCAAAAUUCUUGAAGACUAUGACUCCAACGACUUUUAUAGUCCUCGUCGAAGUUUAGCCACCAAGGGUUAUGACAAAUGCGCAGAAAAGGGGAAAGUAGCAUUAGUAUCUGCAUAUGGUAUCCACCAAUUGCAUAUAUUCAUCUUCGUGCUCGCUGUUUUUCAUAUUCUCUACUGCAUUAUAACCUAUGCUUUGGGAAAAACCAAGAUGAAGAAAUGGAAAUCAUGGGAGAGAGAGACCAAAACAAUUGAGUACCAAUAUGCCAAUGAUCCAGAGAGGUUCAGAUUUGCAAGAGAUACAUCAUUUGGACGUAGACAUUUGAAUGUAUGGAGCAAGUCUUCCUCUACCCUCUGGAUUACAUGUUUCUUUAGACAGUUCUUUGGAUCAGUGACUAAAGUGGAUUAUCUUACUCUAAGACAUGGCUUCAUAAUGGCGCAUUUGCCAGCAGGAAGUGGAGCUCGUUUUGAUUUUCAAAAAUACAUUCAAAGAUCUUUGGAAGAAGAUUUCAAAGUUGUUGUCGGUAUAAGCCCAGUGAUAUGGUGCAUUGCUGUCUUGUUCAUAUUGACUAAUACACAUGGAUGGGGUUCCUAUUUUUGGCUACCUUUCCUCCCUUUGGUUGUGAUAUUAAUAGUAGGAGCAAAACUUCAAGUGAUAAUAUCGAAAUUAGGAUUGAGGAUUCAAGAUAAAGGAGAUGUGGUUAAAGGAGCUCCUGUGGUUGAACCGGGUGAUGAUCUCUUUUGGUUUGGUCGUCCUCGUUUCAUUCUCUUCCUCAUUCACUUGGUUCUUUUCACGAAUGCAUUUCAACUGGCUUUCUUCGUUUGGAGCACUUACGAGUUCACACUCAAGAACUGCUUCCACCACAAAACAGAAGAUAUAGCAAUCAGGAUCACCAUGGGGGUAUUGAUACAAGUUCUAUGCAGCUACAUCACUCUACCUCUGUAUGCUCUUGUGACUCAGAUGGGAACUUCAAUGAGGCCGACCAUAUUUAACGACAAGGUAGCCAAUGCAUUGAAAAAAUGGCACCACACGGCCAAGAAACAGACCAAACAUGGACACUCAGGGUCAAACACACCUCACUCAAGUCGCCCCACCACACCAACACAUGGCAUGUCACCGGUGCAUCUCCUCCACAACUAUCGUAACCGCAGCCUUGACCAACAAACCAGCUUCACAGCCUCUCCUUCUCCUCCUAGAUACUCUGAUUUUGGCGGAAACUAUCAAAACCACGGCCUUGAUCAAACAAGCUCUACUGCCUCUCCUUCUCCUCCUAGAUUCUCUGAUUUUGGCGGCCACGGCCAUGGACAUCAGCAAUUCUUUGAUCCUGAAUCUCAGAAUAUCUCUAGUCACCGUGGGAUCACAGAUUCUGAUAACAGCAAUAGUCAUCAUCCCCAUGCUGACGUAGCUAGUCCUAUUAUAGAAGAGAGAGAGAUUACUGAGCAUGUCAAGGUUGAUUUUUCGGAGUUUACUUUCAAGAAGUGAUAUGAGUUCUAUACUUUACCUGUUUGUUCAUUCUUUGUAAAAGAUAUAAACAUUGAAAUGAACACUUUCUUGUUUUAUAUUUAGCUGUCAGCACACAAAUCAAAAAUUUCUAUAACAUCAAAUCAUUUUGAAAGACAUUUUGAACCCUACAAGUUUAGUCUUUGCUUUUGUUAUGUUCUUAGCCUUCAAACCUGUACGUUUUGGGUUCUGGGCUCAGUCAAUUCUUCUUCUAAGGUAAAUUGAUCUCGAUGGAUCUUCUAUUACAUUUUAGACUGGGGCACAGCACCAAAUUGUGGACAAGUGCUCUUGAAGUGGACCAAAAGGAUUGAUGUCUCGAAAAUGAUGCUUUGUAAGUUAAACACUAUCAAAGUCCCUUACACUGACUGGGACAAGCUUGAGCAGUCCUAUACAACUAAGCCUUGACUGGCCUCUCUUCCUUUCCCUACCUAAUCAAAUUUUUUAAAAGUUUAUGUUUUCUUUUAACAUUAAAAUAUUGCGGUAUCCGGUUAUUAAAUCGGAUUUAUAUAAUAUGUUUGUUUGUCCAUUUUUUAGAAAAAAAAAUUGUUUCAAAAAAAUACAUUUUUUAUAUUUUCAAUACAUUAAUUAAUGAAAAAUUGUAUUUUUUAAAAAAUACAAUUGUGUUUAAUAAAAUCUUAUUAAUUAAAAGUUAUUGGAAAUAGUUAAUUAAGAACAAUAAUGUAUUGGAAAAUGUUUUUUUAAUCAGUGUAAAAAAACUAUAAUAUGGAUCUAUAUGCGGAUUGCUAAGUUUUUCAAAGUUUGAUAAAGGCAAAUGUUAAACUUUGUCAAACUUCGAUAAAAAUUUACUCCACAUCUUUUGUCACAUUAACAGCUCGUAAGAUGACGCUAGACUGCCAUAUCCGGUUAUUAAAUUGGAUAUAUAUAAUAUGUUUAUUUGCGGCUAUUAUUUGAUCCUAUUAUUUAUUCUUAUAAUGUGAUUUGCUAAGUUUUUCAAAGUUUGACAAACGCAAAUGUUAAAAUUUGUCAAACUGCAGAAAAGUUUUAAUCCACAACUUUUGUCACAUUGACAACUCGUAAGAUGACGCUGGAUAAGAAACAGAGAGGGCUCGUCCCAGAGACAGUGUCACCUCAUUGAAGAUAAUUAAGUUCCUUUGCUUUUAUUUUUCUAUACAUUUGUCAUUCUUUAGCAAAGUUUUAAUCCACAGCCUUUGUCACAUAUCUAGGUCAUUAACAACUCGUAGGAUGAUGCUGGAUACGAAGCAUGGAAAAGCCAUUCUUUGUGAAAAUGAGUUCUCAUUAGAUGAAUUGUGAAAUUUCGCCUGAUGGUGAUGAAGCUGAGUUCCCUUGCACUAAAUUUUACUAAGUUAUACAGUUUUCUUUUUCUUCUCGUAUAAAGUUGCAUAAGUCUCUUGUUUGUUUGGUUGUUUGUUUUUGUUUAAACAAUGAUCAAGCACCGGUUGUUAUACCGAUUUUAACUCUUUUGAUUGCUUAUAUUAAGGAACUACAAAUUUUCAAAGUUUUACUUAACCAAUCACAAAAUUUAAAGAGGUAAAUAGAUAUUUAUACUCUUAAGGUUAACUAAUAUAGACUUAAGAUUUAGAUUUGUGCGGUGAUGUUUUGGAGGUUCGGGUUUAGAUUUUAAAAAAUAAGUACUUAAAAUUUAAAAAAAUAAUUCAAAUUAUAUAAAAAUUUGAAUUUAAAAACGUAAAAUUCGAAACUAUAAAAAAUUACUAUUAUUCUUUUAAAGAAUUAUUUAUAUUUAUAAAUCUAUAAAGUGAGGGUACAAGAGUCUUUUGCCUCGUUAAUGAAAAUUUCAUACUUUAGAAAUUUGUAAAAACGUCCAUCUAUUGAAGGUAAACAUGAAAAAUAGUUCAAAAAUGAGAUAAAAGUAGAACUCACCCCAUUAUACUUUCAUUUAUAAAUUUAAUUAAUUAUUUAUUAAUAUAUAAAUAAAUAAAAUUAAAAAUGAAAUAAUAAACUCAAAAUAUUUAAAAUAUUUCAAAAAAAACAAAAUUAUUUUUUGGAAGCAUUUUAAAAAAAAAAUCUAAGUAUACAUUCAUAAAUAUGUAGGAUAUCUUCCUCAAUUUGUAAAAACAAUUCAUGAAUUCAUUUAUAAACGUGUGAUUAGAAUUUUUGAAUGUAACUUGUAUGUAUAUUUAAUAUUUUUUUCAUAAAUAUAUAUGACAUCCUCCUGAAUUUUAUUUAUAUACAUAAAAUAUGUAGAAUAUAUUUAUAUAAUUAAGAUAUCAAAUUCCAAAAAGUUUUCAUAUAACUUUAUGAAGAUAUUAUGCAUAUUUGAGAAUAUCUUACUUUAUAUAUAUAAUUUAAAUUCAUUAAGGUAUUCGUAAAUAGAUUAUAAAAUCAGUUUGGCAUGAAUAUUGGCUAUCCAUUUAGAUUCGAGUUGUUCUUUUCAGGUAUAAUUUUUUUUUGAAAGUAGGCAUGCUUGAAUAAUAUAAGUUUAUGUGUGGGUUUUAAGUUGGAUCCUUCUGGAUCUGAAUGAGUUCGGUUCUGAUGUAUAGAAACCUAUAAAUAUCUAAAUAAUAAAUGUAUCUGAAACAUGUUCAGAUAUUUGUACAAAAAAUAAUUAUAUUACUUGAUUCGGUCCAUGUCUUUUGAAUAAAAUUAGUUUUAUCACGAUGCAUCUAGAAUAUAUAACAUUAAUUAUGAAAAAAAAAUAUCAAUAUAUAAAAAUGUAAGAACCAAUAUCCACACGGAUGCGCGGAUCAAUCUCUAGUAUAAUUUAAAUUCAUUAAGGUAUUCAUAAAUAUAUAUUCAUCAAUAUCUUUCAAAACAUAUAUUUAGAAAUGCAUUCCUAAAAUUUAUGAAGAUAUUAUACAUAUUUAUCAAUAGUCUCUUACAUUUUAAAAUAUAUUAUACUUAGAAAUAUGUUAGGAUAAAAAAAAAAUAUUUUAUCACAUAUACAAAGCAUAAGAGUCGCAAAAUAUUUAUUAAAGAG